UCACACACUAUCGUUCUUAUUCAACCAACUUUUAGCAAAGCCAGUCGUACUUUUAUGGAUUACGAAUCAGUAAAUCAAGCCAUCGAAGGUAUUUGCCACAUGUAUGAACAAAAACUUAAACAAUUAAAACCACACCAAAAGAAUAUUACAUACGACAUUUCACAAUUAUUUAAAUAUUUAGACGAAUUUGCUGAUUUAUCAUGUUUAGUAUAUACAUCAAGUAUCAAUGCCUACACUCCAUAUAACAAGGAAUGGAUUAAAACCAAAAUUAUUCAUCAUUUACAAAAAUUAGCUCAAUAA